UUGAUUGAUGUUAACCACCACACCUAUCACUGACAUGGCAGGAGCAGCUAUUGUACAGUACAUUGUACUUAGAAGAGAUUUGCUGACAGCCCUCAACUGGCCAAUUGGAGCACUGGUAGCCCAAGCAUGUCAUGCAUCAACAGCAGCUCUUCAUCUUUAUCGUGAUGAGGAAGUGGUUCAGACAUAUCUCAGUAAUUUGGAUAGCAUGCAUAAAAUAGUCCUUGAGGCUAAGAAUGAAGAUGAUUUAAAGCAGUUAUCAGCGUCUCUGAGUGAAGGAGGAGUUCAGUACAAGUUGUGGGUGGAGCAACCUGAGAAUUACCCUACAUGUUUAGCUACAAGACCUUAUGUCAAAUCAGACAUUCAGAAAUACUUCAAGAAAUUUAAACUUUAUUCUUAAUUUAUGUGCACAAUCAACUCAUUAUCUAUUCAUAGUCAAUUAA